AUGAAUAUUACCACAUCUUUUCAAGUUCUUUCACCCGUAGAACAAAUAUUCAAAGUUCAAUCUUACAGAGCUGGGAAUGUAUUUGUGAUUGCAGCUACUCACUUGGAGCUCCCUUUCGUACCUCCGUAUCGUGAACUUCCUUCAUAUCAUCAGCAGGCAAUUUUUUCCCAUGGGGCUAAUUUUGCAUCGGCAGGGAGUGGUUUGUUGGAUUCAACAGGAUCUGAAAAGAAAAUUGUUAAAUUUAGUGAUCAGAUAUCGAAAUUUGAAGAAUUCUCUAGGCGUGUACGUAAAAAGUCGCACCUCAGAAAUUCUUUAUACUGCAUUUCCAUUGGAGGCAACGACAUUCAUGCGCACUACAACAGCCCUUCCUUAAAUCUCAGUGAUGCACAAUUCGUCACUUUGCUGGUUGGCACACAUGGUCAAUACAUCCAAAGGCUUUAUCGUGCUGGAGCAAGAAAAUUUCUGAUACUCGACAUCUCCGCUUUAGGAUGUACUCCUAUUGCCAGACUUACAUAUAAUUUUCAAUACCAAGGAAAGUGUGCGGAACCUGGAAAUUCUUGUAGAUCACCUGAAUGGAAAACUACAUGA